AUGGAUAAUCCUUUAGAAGAAAUUUAUCAAUUGUUUUAUAACAUUUUAGUUGAUCCUGAUAAAUCUUUAAUAGAGAAAGAAUUCAAUAGAUGCUUUGCUCCCGAUUUAGAAUUUAAGCAUUUUUUAGUAUUUGUUCCUCCUAAAAAAGGAUCCAGAGAUUCUGUUAUUCGAGUUUUUCGAUUUUAUCGAGGAUGUUACCUUAAUAACAAUCUAGUUAUCCAUGAUAAGUGGUUCGACGAAGAAACCGGAAGGAUGGUUCUGAGUGCGACUCAAUAUCCCAAAUUUUGGUUCUUUCCGUGGACAAUCAUUCCAUUAAGACUUGUCGCCAUUUUCGAUAUAAAACAAAAUGGAGAAAAAUAUUUUAUUAGUAAACAUGAAGAUUUCUUUCAACCGGAAGUAAUAAUUGGACCAUUUUUUCCCCAUUUGGGGCCUUGGAUGGUAAACAAAUUAAAAAGAUUUUCUGUUGGCUUUUCUAUUCUUUUUAGUUAUGCUUUCGAAAUGAUUGGGUGGAGUUGA